AUGCCCUAUAUCUUUGAGAUUAGACUAAAGGUUUUGGAAGAGGCCAAGGCCGAUCGAGAAAUGCUGACUGCGCCAUAUAAAGAUAAAGAGCUUAGUUGGGAUGCUAUUCAACGAAUGGAAAAUCUCAAGGGAUUAAGGUCUGAGCUAUAUGAGAAAGGUGACAUCUUCGAGGAGCUUCCCAAUGUUGAAGCUAUUCUAAAUGAAUAUGAAUGUGGGGAUUUACAGAUGAAUGGCCAAAUCACUUAUUGGUCUCGUGGAAAAAAGAUCUCUAAGAAGGAGAAGUUUGAUUGGGAUGAGUUCAAGGCAGUCAACAGGCAACACAAGGGGUAUAAGGGAUUCUGGGUUGAAGGGCUCCCCCUUGUUCUUCGACUUGGUCAAGAUCUCGACAUCAAGUACGACCCGGAGAUUGAAUUCGAUUUCAUAGACGACGCCGGUUGUGGACCAAUAAAAAUCUACUCAGAUGACAUGACACUCCUACAAGGUCCACGGGUGGCAAAGGGACUUGACUCUCCGUUUCCACAGAUCAUGGGGUACGAGUGUAUGAAGACUGCAGAUGGGUCCAUUAGCUACAUCCUAGCUAUAAUGGUUGAUGUCAAUAUCUACAACGCGCCCAAAGACGAUCCGGACCGGCAACUGAUGAUCCCAUCGUGGGUCCCAGCAAUGGCUCUUGUGGAUCGAGGGAAAUCAAUAGGUCCAGCCGGUCCAAAUGACAGAUUAAGUGGUCGAUGGAUGCGAUACUCGCUCUUCACGGCAACUGUACCAGGUCUAUCUCAAUAUUUGUAUAUCAGUUCAAGCAAAACAGGGCUGACGGAGAAGGAUAUGAUACAUAAGGUCGACCCUAAAGAUAUCAAGCCAAUGCCACUGGUCCGUACCAGUCAUAUUUCUGCUCAUCGCAGACGUAUGUCUUUGGAGAAUAAGUCGAAUGGAUGA